UAGUACAUAGAUGUUAGAACAUGCGCUCCUAGUCCGUGCAGCGUGCAGUUGCAGUGUGGUCGACGCGCGCACCAUGAUCGCGCGAUUUGCGUGCCUCGCUCUGUGCGCGUGCGCGUACGCGCGGGUGCAGCCGCAAGCCCAGAUCUACGUGGAUGUAUCAGGAGUACCAGAUGACGUAGAGAAGAGAUACACCCCGGAGCUGAUAGAAGACUUCAGAGCAACCAAGGCGGAUGCCCUCCUCCUGUACACGGAGUACACCGGCCAGGCAGGGACUGAACUGAAAUAUUUCUUGAGAAAUAUCUCGAGUUUCGCCAAUGAUACUAAGAAGAUUUUGGAUAGGCGACUCUACGAUAGUGCGCCCGAGCACUGUCGUUCUGAGUUCGACAAGCGAUUGAAGAAGAUAGAGAAUGACGUUCGCCGCGCCGCCAGCUUCAGCGCUGAGAACCACCACAAGUUCCUGCUCGCGCACAUGCUGGUGUUCCGAAUACAUCUGAACAAGAGCGAGGAAUUCAUCAAUAAGUGCGAAAAAGUUUACAAAACAUGUGGUAUACCGUGUGAGACGCAGCCAAAAAUGAUAAGAUGGCGUCGAUGUGCUAUGAACGAAUUAAAUCGAGUGAAAGACGACAUCAUUCACUCUAGAAGAUCGUACAAGGAUCUUCUUUUGCAUUCUAGAAGGAGGCUGCGUCACUUCCAUAAAGUAGCCAAAGAGAAAGCCAAUUUAGUCUCCCACACCUUAGAAGAAUGUACCCGAAGAGGCUAACUUUAUUAACAUUGAUAGUAAAAUUAAUAUUAUACUUACUAACACUACCUAUUCGAAUGUAAAACAUAGCAAAUAGGUUACCGUAUACUGCGAACAGUCAUACUGUCGCUUCAUUAUAUUUUUUUAUUUUUGUCUUUUGUCACGCGUCGCACACAGUAACGUAGUGGUACCAAAUGCUGUAACACAGUGGUAACGCAGGUACCGGGCAGGUACCAAAAUGUUUUGUAACGUUUCUGGUUGUAGUCGUCGGUAAUCUACAUAUAUAAUAAUAG